GGUGCUUUCCGCCGCCUCCGCGACUGCGCCGGCCGCCCGCGGACCGCACCUGACAGGAGCCCGCGGAGCCCGCCCAGCCCUGCCCACCCCUGGCCAGGGGAGCAGCCGGGGCCCUCGAGCCGCGCCGCGCCGUCCCUCCCGAGCAGCAGAUGCCCUGAGGUUUGUCGGUCUGCUCAAUCUAGAAGGUGCCUGUGUGCAAAACACUUUUCUCUGCCUCUUCAGUUGCACUGCUUGUGGAAGGGAAGCCUAGACUGCGUGAAUGACAGAUUAAUCAGCCACUCGAUGGGGAUUACCAGUGGAGCAGCUCUUUGUGUCACCUUUCCACCACUGUGUAGCAAGAAAAACAACUUCAGCACCUCUUCAAUAGUAAUUAUGAAACUGGUAUUAACUGAAUGGCAAUUAUGGAUUUUUAACUCUAGUUCACAGUAAAUGAAAACAAGCCAAGCAAGCCAUAUGUUGAAUUUCCUACCAAAUAGAUUUUCGUCCCUCUGAAUGUUUCGAAGUCUGCACGAGAAAUUGAUGACGCAACCUGUUCAUAACAAGAGGGAUUACAAAUAUCGCUUGCACGAGGAACCCAACACAGUUGGAAAGAGAAGACACCAUAACUUAUCGUUAGAGAUGAUAGUGUUAUUUAUAUAGAUAUAAUAAAUAAAUAAAUAUAUAUAUAUAUUUUUAUGGGAAUGAAAAUGGCUCCCCAGAAUGCUGACUCGGAAUCUAUGCAAGUUCAAGAGCUGCCUGUGGUACAGCUCCAGAAGCCGGAAAAUGAGAAUGAAAGUAAAGAAGAGACCAUCAGUGAAGGAUCCAUCGACCGAAUACCUGUACGUCUCUGGGUGAUGCACGGCGCCGUCAUGUUUGGCAGGGAAUUUUGCUACGCCAUGGAGACAGCUUUGGUGACUCCCGUAUUGUUACAAAUCGGUCUUCCUGAACAGUACUACAGCCUCACCUGGUUCCUCAGUCCGAUCCUGGGCCUGAUCUUCACUCCUUUGAUAGGUUCAGCUAGUGACCGCUGCACUCUCAGCUGGGGCCGCCGGCGGCCUUUUAUUCUCGCCCUCUGCAUUGGUGUCCUCUUCGGCGUGGCCCUUUUCUUAAACGGUUCCGUUAUAGGUCUAGCCAUUGGAGAUGUCCCGGACAAGCGGACAAUCGGCAUAGUUCUCACGGUGCUUGGAGUAGUGGUCUUGGAUUUCUGUGCCGAUGCAACAGAGGGGCCGAUCCGAGCCUAUUUGCUUGAUGUAGUGGACAGCGAAGAGCAGGAUAUGGCGCUCAAUAUCCAUGCUUUCUCAGCUGGCCUUGGAGGAGCCAUUGGCUACAUGUUGGGGGGCCUAGACUGGACCCAGACCUUUUUAGGAGACAUCUUCAAAACUCAAGAACAGGUGCUCUUCUUUUUUGCCGCCAUUAUAUUCUCCGUCUCGGUUGUCCUCCACCUUUUCAGCAUUGAAGAAGAGCAGUACAAUCCCCAGCAGGACAGAAUUGACGAUGAAGCAGACACUCUUUCCAGCGUCAAACUGAGCGGCAGCCUCCCGCCUCUGAAUCGACUCAAUGUCAUCAGCGAGGAAGACGCUUACGGGAACUCCAUGUUCCCAGACGAGGUCCAGUCAGAACAAGACCUCGACAUGGAUUUCCUCGACGUGGACAUUGUGCGGAGCAAGAGCGAUUCUGUCCUGCACAUGCCAGAUGCCACUCUUGAAAUUGAAUCUGAGCUGCUUUUCCUCCAUGAUAUUGAGCCCUCCAUUUUUCAAGACGGCUCUUACCCAAACACCCCCCAUAGCACCAGCCAGGAACUGAUGAAGUCCAAAUUCAACCGCCUGUCUGCUUUCCUCAGGGAAAACGAGAAGGAAGAGGAGAUGUUACUUGAUAAUCACUUGAAUGAACCCAAAGUCCCAAACAGCAAUGGGUCCCUACCCAAAGACCUUCUGAACGGACAUGCUCAGAUCGGCAUGAAGCAGUCAAGCACCUCAAACUCCAUGCGCCGGCGAAGGCACAUGUUCUACCGCCAGCCCUCGUACACCUUCUCCUAUUACGGCAAAAUCGGCUCCCACCGCUACCGCUUCCGGCGAGCCAACGCCAUUGUCUUGAUCAAGUCCUCCCGGAGCAUGAACGACAUUUACGACAUGCAGAAGAGGCAGCGGCAGAGGUACAGGCACCGGAACCAGAGCGGCGCCACCAACUCCAGUGGGGACACGGAGAGCGAAGAAGGGGAAACGGAAACCACAGUCAGGCUCUUGUGGUUGUCCAUGCUGAAGAUGCCCAGAGAACUGCUGCGCCUUUGCGUCUGCCACCUCCUCACCUGGUUUUCCAUCAUAGCCGAAGCUGUGUUCUAUACGGACUUCAUGGGGCAGGUCAUCUUUAAUGGUGACCCCAAGGGCGCUUUCAAUUCUACGGAGCUACACGCCUACAAUGCUGGUGUGCAGAUGGGCUGUUGGGGUUUAGUCAUCUAUGCUGCUACGGCUGCUGUGUGUUCAGCCUUAUUGCAGAAGUACUUGGACAACUAUGACCUUAGCAUCAGGGUGAUCUACAUCUUGGGCACGUUGGGAUUCUCCAUCGGCACCGCCGUGAUGGCCAUCUUCCCCAACGUGUACGUCGCCAUGGUCAUGAUCAGCACAAUGGGCAUCGUCUCCAUGAGCAUCUCCUACUGCCCCUACGCACUUUUGGGACAGUAUCAUGACAUCAAGCAGUAUAUUCACCACAGCCCUGGCAACUCAAAGCGAGGCUUUGGAAUAGACUGUGCCAUCUUAUCCUGCCAGGUCUACAUCUCCCAGAUCCUGGUGGCCUCUGCACUUGGGGGAGUGGUAGACGCCGUGGGCACCGUCCGGGUUAUACCCAUGGUGGCGUCAGUGGGUUCGUUCCUGGGCUUCCUGACGGCCACUUUUCUGGUGAUCUACCCUGAUGUCGGCGAGAGUCCAAAGGAAGAACAGAAAGGCCUGGCCCCGCCCGAGGUGACCAACAGCAACGGCGUGAGCGAGGAGAAACCGACCAUCAUCAAGCUGUCUCGGAAAGAAGCUGCUUCCUCGGAAGUGGAAAGUGAAUCAGCCGUUUGAGCAAAUCACCUUCAUUCACACACAUUCCAAGCAAUUCAGGUGCAUGAAUCUGAACGUUGUUAGCAAGCAAAAUCUGAACUUUCGAGAGACAUCCGUUGCUGUCUUUUGUGCUGCAGUGGGAGUAUGGUUCCUCAUGCAAAGCGUAGAUGAAAUUCCAUAGUCCUAGUAUAGCCUUGAAUAGGUCGCCUGAUUGCUUUCUCCUACAAUCUGGAGGAUCUCCUUCUCGUUACAGUCUUUCUCAUGAGGAGGCAUGCACCUGGGUUUCAAAAAUAACUCUCAUCAAUCGGCAGGUUAAACUUUCUUCUUGCAUGUUUUAUUUUUUUAAUGUCACGGUAGUUUUUCAAAAUGCUUGGUUAUCCAUUUGGACAAAUUACAAUAUGUGUAUUGGUGAUCUUUUUUUUUUAAAGAUGGAAAUUGAAAACGAAAGCAAAUUCUUGCCGCAGCUUUUACACAGGAAUUCCUCUAUUUCUGUUCAGGUCUUUGACCCCCUUCAAAACUUGCAAAUUUUAGUGGGCAAAUCAGUUGCCUUAAUCGAUAUUGGCUUCGAAACUGCAAUUCUUUUAUUAUUUUUUUCCAUUAAACCUUAGUCUGGAUUUCAUUACGGUCGGUGCAUUCGUUUACUCCCCAGACUCCUUUUCAACAGAUUGCUGCAGCUACAGAACAAACGGCUGUCAAAUUAUCAUUAAUAUUAUUUUGAUUCAAGAUGCUUGGAACAUCUGCAGCAGCUGUCGCUUGCAAUAAUCCCUGAGGUGUGAUGUGUUUGUUACAGAGACGGGGGAGGUUUGGGGGGUCCUGGGGGGUUUCGGCAUGCCCUGGGUGAUAGGGGGGCUUUUCCCCUUUUGACGAAUGAACCGGUCAGAUUUUUUUUUUCUUCUCGUGGCAUUAAAAGCCACUCGCCUCCUUUGUGAUGAAGCUGCUUUGGGAACGGAGAUCCCCUUUCACUGGUUUCUUCAAAUGGGUUGUGAGGGUUCCCUUUUGCUUAAAAGGGGUCGUCGAUUGCACUUUUUCUGAACUUCUGGGAUGGAAAUUGUGACGGUGGAGUUCUAAAAGGUCGCUUUGCCGCGGCGAGCGAAAACCAAAGGCCUACCUCUGACACUGCAGCCACCUCGAGUAUUUGUGGUUAUGAGUUUCUGUUUUUCUUUUAACGUGUCUUGAAACAGCUUUGGGCCUUAAAGAAUCCAACAUCUUAAACCCCUGUAAAUGUGUAUGUAAAGUUGUAUGUCUUACUAAACUCGUUCCCUCACUUCUUUUCGACCCCAUUCCUUGCCUGCAUCCUCUCACCUGUUGCUUUAAUUUAAUGCUGGGUUUAGGACAAGAGCAGCGACGUAUACUGCUUGCAUCCCUGUUUGGACUCUUAGCAAGGCCCACAUCAUAGUAGCUAGGCCACCCUGGGAUACCAGGCCUGGUGGCAGUAGGGUUUAGUAAACCUGCAGGCAGGAUAUCCUUAAGGAACAGCCACCUCAAGGGUCUUUACCCAUCGGAGCACUGGCUAGUCCCUGGGCAUUCCUUUACAGCGGCCAAGCAAGGAAGUCAAAGAGGCUGAACGAAGGCCGCUCUAGCGAUAUUUCUGCUGCCUCAAACUCUUUGAAAAUGCAUGUUGUGUGCCACGGUGCCACUAUUGUCAUUCAAAAGCAAAUAUCUAUCUAUAUAUCUAUAUUUCAGAGUGAAAAGAAGUUUUUAAUAAAUUACUUGAAUUGCCAAUGUAUUUUCUAAAAAGUAUGUAUGUACAAAUGACACCGCUCAAGAGAUAAUCAUCCAGCCGGCAUCUUUGCAUAGUUUGACAGCAUCUUUCGUUCGUUCCUUGGUUGUGGGAUUCCGUUUUCCGGCUUUCCUUUUUUCAAAAUCCUCCAUUGUGGAUUAAUAGGCUCUUUAUAGGCCGGUGGAAUUCCAUGCACGUUCUUUUGAUACGGAGUUUUUAUGGAGGCAGGCUUCACCAGCAGCAGAACAGAUCCCCGGGAUCCAGCCCAUUAUUGAGAGCAUUUGAUCUGAAAUCUGUUGCUCGGUUAAAAGAAAGAUGACUACUGAAGUAUUUCAGUGAUGAAGUGUGUGAGGCUUGGCUGUACGCCUGUCUUAAGAUUUUAAUGGUGUUUGCCGCAUCGAAUCGCCAGGAGCCCUUGUUUCCCCAAGGAACUGGCAUUUCUUUAAAACGCUCACUCAGUGACCUGUUUUAAACAGAUAGUACUCUGACCCUAAUACUGUACCUUGUUCUGAAAACACGGAAGCUGGCCUGACUUGUGGGGAGGGGAGAACAGAUCUUCUUCUUUUUGUAAUUCCAACCUGGCUUCUCCCUCUCCUUGUUGGGCUAUCCCUUAAAGCAGCUUAAAUCCCAACCAAGUCUGCCUUGCAUUUCUGCAUAUUUGAUGGUUUUUUCCACCUGGUUUAACUGUUCAAAGUUAGGAGGGUGCGACCUGUUUUUGCUCAGAUUAAUUGACUCUUGUAAGCAUGUAAGAGUCUCUCAGUCAGGGGCUCCUGGCCUUCUCUUGGGUGCUAUAACCUUCCGACCAGUUAGUUGUCGAAUCACUAUUUUGUUGUGACCUCUGGAAAUCGCCGUCUUUGGGAAACGCUCUGUUUCCUCACUAAAAGAACAUUGCUAGAAUUUGACCUGUAUCUUAAAUUCUGGAGAGGAGGCAUUUUCUGGAGAGGUAUAAAGCCUCAUUGCAAUAUCAUUAGCAUCGCCCUCUCAGCUGUUCCAUCACCAAAUCCUCCUUAAUAGAAAGACUCAUUACUUGCCGGAGCAACAUUAACUACCCACCAUCCCUAACUGCAGACAUGAGAUCACCAAUGCUCAGAAGAGCUGUGUGAGGUCAAUGACUUUGUACAUCUUUUACUCUCUGGCCAGCUGUGUCAUGCAAAUGUAACUUGAGAUCUUCCCUGCUGGUCAUUUUCAAAUGCAGAUGUUCAAGCUGAGCUGUAGCAUUACCAAAGUCCAAUUUCCAAGCAUGCUCACUUUGGGAAGGGAUGCCCGUCAGAGGGAACUCUGAGCUUUCACUCAGGCUAGGAAUACAACUGUCGGCUUAGCCAAGUGCACACAUCUGAAGGUCAGAGUUGGAUCUGACUGCGAUGCUGCUCAAGAGCCACUUGCCAGAGGGGCUUUGCCCUUAGCCGGCAUCUCACUCAUUUAAGCUACCCAUGCAAAGCAACUAUAACUUCUGCAUAGCUGACUGGAGCAGGUUGCCGCUCAGUUUAAAAGUUGGCCAACUACAAAGGCCCACCCAUGGGUGCUUUUCCCAGCAUCAGGUUCAAAUGGAGCGUUUCCACCAGACUUAGGUGUAUUGUCUUCCUCUCCAAGGAAUCUUGCUUGAUAUAUUUCUGUAUUGGGCUAGGAAUCUUUUAGGGAGUUCUCGGCGUUCUAUCAAAUCUACAGUUUCCAUGAUUCCGUGGCAGUUGGCGUAGUUUAUGCUUGAACCGGAUAUGCACUUAGCUACUCGUGUUCACCUCUUACAGAAAAUACUGUGACUGAUUUUAAAAUGGAAAGGGAGGGGUCCCUCUUUGAUAGACCCUAACUUUACCUUCCGCCACAUCUUUGGCAUUAGGGCUGACUUCUGUCAUGAGAAGUCUUGGAUUUUUUUUUGUUAUCCACAGCUGUCUAGUUUGUUAAGCUAACAUCCCUUAUGCUUUAUUGCUUAUGAAAGGGUUGGACGUAAUUCUUCUCAGAAAUUAUAGAAAGCCUGCUUUCUAAUGAUGUCUUCUAAUCAUACUUAAGACAGGUUUGUAUGUUUUUAGCUUAUCUUGGGGAGAAGAUAAAAGCAAUAACCUUUUUCUAUGAAUGGGCUCUUAUGGGUUCACAGAGGCAUUUUACCCAAGUAGUUUUUUACUACUUCUUUUGAUCUGCUACCCACGUGUCCUGCCAGACACUUGGCAUCAGGAAUGCCCGUCAGGGCGCACAGAAUCUUGGUCCUCCUUGAGUCUUAACAGGAGACGGGUUCGAGGUUGUUUUUGGUGGCAGGGGCUGGGGAAACCAACAUUAAGAUUGGAACUCUUGAUUCUUCCAGGCCUAAGCCAGUGCUUUUAAAUUUAGUCCUUCCCUUGAAAAAGGUGGAUGAUCCCUGAAAAGGAGCUGCAAAGGGAGUUGUGGCCUCCUGUUGCCGAGAAUUGCUGCCACCUUCUUUAUACUUCCUCAUCGCCAGCUCCUAAGGAGAAACCAGUCCCCAUUCUGGAUUUGAAGGAAGAUGGGGGGUAGAGGUGACGCCGCCUUUCCUUCUGUCCCCUCUGGGCUUUCUGCUAAGCCUUGUCUGCAUACACUUGGCAGAGAGCUCGGAUCGCUAGUUCAUGGCAAACUGCAUCACAAGAGCAGCGCGCACGUCUCCCGGGUGUCUGCCGCAGGGGCUUGCACGUGGUCAUCUCCAUAGUCAUAACUCAAGGAGGCAUUUUAAGGUUCUCUCUUGCAUGUGAAGAGAGACUGAAGUUUUAAUGGCACACGACCCUUUGAAUUUCUGUUUUCAGGAGACCAACCGUAUAGGGUCCUUCUGCCGAGAAGCACUUUUUGAUAGCUGAAACACGCUGGAGUAUUUCCAGGCGUUUUUUUCGUGCAGUUUUGGGGGCGGAGGGGUUAUCUGGCAUCCUCUAGCGUUAACAUUUUUGUAGUUAAGUCACUGAAAGCUUUUUUCUUGAUUUAAGAAGAAAAUGCUUGGGCCCAAGCCCUGGAUGCUGCUGUCACUGUACAUUACAGAGUAGUUUUCACUAGUUUUUUUUUAUCACCCACUCCCAAUCUGCUAACAAGGUUACCUAGGUCUGUUUCAUUGUUUCCCAUAUAACCUAAAAAAUCCUGCAUGAGUCUCUUCCAUGUAGCAGCUUCAAUAUGCAAAACAUCUAUUGUGGGGGGGGGGGAAUGAUUGGUGUGCAUUAAUUUACAGCUAUCUGUUUUCUGUCAACAGGCCAAGUAAAUGUAAAGGGCACCAAACGUUGCACAGUAAUGGAAAUCGGUGACUAUGUUGUGAGGGGGGGGGGUGAAGAUACCGAUAUUUUUGGUCAUCUCCUGUCAAUGGAUUGUUAGGUCCACGCUUACACAGCACUGCACUGGGAAAAAAGCACUCACAUAAAAGAAACUGCUGACUUUUGUGUUUCCCAUGUUGCAUCCCAAUUUUUUUUUAAAAAAAAAAAUUCAGGGGAAUUUUCUACUAGAUCACUUGUUACGCUAUUAUUUCACGUGAGAAAGUCCUCAAAAGGGAAGUAUAGAACUACCUGCUGGGAAAUAAGCUGCUGUGAGCACUUAAAUACAGUCAGAUUACGUUUGGGAACAGAAAGGUUUCCCCAAACAGAUUAACCUGGAUCCUGAGCAGUUUGCAGGACGGAACUCGUUCCAAUAUGGCAUUUUAGAGUGGGAGGGAGAUCCUUCUCCUUGCCAAAAAAAAAAAAUUCUGCAAACCUGAAUGCAGGCCAAGUGCCGUUUGCCAAAACUGUGAUUUCCACAGGCUUACCUUGGAGCAAGCUGCAUGAAUAACCUAUCCCUGCAGAUCUGUCUCUAGAGCAGGGGCAGGCUCUAGAUUCACUCCCUCUCUUUCAGAACUGCCUGAAAAGGGAGGCCGCCGCCAGGCGUGGCUUUCCCCUCUCGGUGCACAGAGUUGCAGAAAAGCAGCAGGUGACGAUGUAAAAUUCCUUCUAAACGUCUCCAGCACGGUCUCCGAAACCUCUUGAGGUUUGUACUUGGUGUAACUCUGACGGAAUCCCUCGAGGAUUUCCUACUGUUGCUACACCAUGUUACCCAGAAACCGACCCUGUGCCUUGAUUUGUCUUUCACAACUCUGCAUUAGCUUUUGUUGUCUGUUGUGGGAGCUGACUGGACAGCCACACAGCUACUCUCCUGAAAGGCAGGGCCAUCGUAAGGAGGAGACUUUUUUUUUCCUGCUAGCUGCCAUUGAGAAACUUCUCUAAUACAUUUCCAGGGGGGCGGAAAGUCAGCAUCCAGUAUCUGUGUCUCGAAUCGCCAGGCCACAAGGGCUCUCGUCACAACGAUUCACUUUAAAGGCAGCCCAUCCCACCUCUCUUUUCAAAGGAUUUCCAAAAAAAACCUCACCUAAAAGAUGCAAGAAUUUGGACUUGUCUGCCUUGGGCCUCUGUUCAGUUCCAAAAAUGGAGUUUUUUAAAGUUCAGUACAAGCAUAAUAUUUUUCUGGGCGUAAACUAAUUUGAGCAGUCCAGUGGGAUCAAAUUAAGCAGUCUUUUAUUUCUGCUGCAACACAGAUACAAAACUUUCUUGGCAGCCGAAUGGCCAGCUGAAUUUCUUUUAAAUGCCUCACGUGGUGAAAAGCUGCAUCUAGCCAUCUCAUAAUGAAAAAUAUAAGAAAAAAAAUAUAAAUAUAUAUAUAUAUUUAGUUCCAUUGUGAACUGGCCAUAUGACAACUCCUUUUUAUCAACUUAUUAAGUUGGGGCACUAUACUAGCUCUUGCUGAGUUUAGCAAUGUUUAUAAGCGUGUGUUAAACACAUAAUGUUUAAGUUUUCAUGAGGAAAAAGGGAUAACAAGCGAGCAAUCUGACGGAUGAAUGUCUCUGCGUGAAUCUGAUGGCGCCGUGGGCCAGGGGUUGGUUGAUUUCAACAUGAAGCUUUUUUUCUUUUUUUCCUGGUUUUUUAAGUAAAAGACUUGUUGCAUGAGAAACAGUUUUAACUGUUCUGCACUUUUGGUCUGUUUGUAUAAAUUUUUUUCCCCAUUUAUGGAUAGGAAAAGGCUGAAUGUAGACUUAAAAACAAAACCACUAUUUCACAUUUACAUUGUGUUCAAUCUGUUGUUCUCCAGUUCAAUCUUAAUAAACAUUUCAAUACAAGCCAGCAGG